GCAGGCCUGUGCGCCCCGCCCCUUCCGUUUCUUGGGCCUGACCUUCCUGUGUUGGGCCACCCUGCUGAGCCGAGCCGGCAUUGACGGUGUCCUCGCGAUUCGGCCCGACCCGCUGCACUCUCGCGACAUCAUGGUGGCGUACUGGCGACAGGCCGGACUUAGCUACAUCCGAUACUCCCAGAUCUGUGCAAAAGCAGUGAGAGAUGCACUGAAGGCAGAAUUCAAAGCACGUGCCGAGAAGACUUCUGGCAGCAACAUAAAAAUUGUGAAAGUGAAAAAGGAAUGAUCUACCCUGCUUGAAAUGCCAGAGUUCCAAGGUGAAGAUGUGUGGGCACAUGUUAUGGCAGAUUGAAAAUGAUCUCACUUCAUGGAAAAAAAAAAAUACUAUCUUGUUCAUAAAUUGACAAUGCCAAUAAAUUGAAGUAUGGUUCACUCUUA